UUCCGGUUUGAGUCCUGUUUCCUGACGGACGUUAUAACCAAGCGGACCCAAAACAUGGCGGCCCCUGAGUGCCAAUGGUGUAGUUCACUUUACUCAGCUCAAACAACAGUGUGUUAAUGAUGACUUUACUCUGAAAACAUGGGUCUCGUGAGGCACGUUGUGUGUGCCAUGUCCGGCGGCGUGGACAGCUCUGUGGCUGCUUUGUUACUGAAGAGAAGAGGUGAGAAAAAACCACAACACAGAGAAAUAACAAGCUAAUGUCACAUAUUCAGAAGAACAACAUAAAGAGUCAGAGACGUUCAGGCUUCAGUGUGACUGGGGUUUAUAUGAAGAACUGGGAUCCUGUGGAUGAGAGAGGAGUGUGUAGCACAGAGAAGGACUGUGAGGACGCCUACAGAGUGUGUCACACCCUCAACAUCCCCUUCCAUCAAGUGUCCUACGUCAAAGAGUACUGGCAUGAAGUUUUCAGUUAUCUGUUGAAAGAGUAUGAGAAGGGCAGGACACCAAACCCAGACAUACUCUGCAACAAGCACAUCAAAUUCAACCAUUUCCACAAGUAUGCCAUCAACACUCUGGGUGCGGAUGCCAUGGCAACAGGCCACUAUGCCAGGACGUCACAGGAAGAUGAAGAUUGCUUCCAGCAGACGCACAUAGCUCCGUCCACCACGCUCUUCAGAGAUCGAUUUGAGAUCAGAAAUCCGGCGAGGUUGUACAAAGGAGCAGAUCUCCUCAAAGACCAAACCUUCUUCCUCAGUCAGAUCUCCCAGGAUGCCUUGAGACAAACCAUGUUCCCACUCGCUGGACUCACCAAGGAGUUUGUCAAAAAGAUUGCUGCUGAAGCAGGGUUUCACUACAUUCUGAAGAAGAAAGAGAGCAUGGGCAUUUGCUUCAUUGGUGAGAGAAACUUUGAAAACUUUAUUUUGGAGUAUCUCGAGCCGAAACCAGGGAACUUUGUCUCCAUUGAAGAUGGGAAAAUAAUGGGAACACACAAAGGCUGGUUCACUCUGACGCUGGGCCAGAGGGCGAGGAUAGGGGGGCAGAGAGACGCUUGGUUUGUGGUGGAUAAAGACAUUACAACAGGAGAUGUGUUUGUGGCUCCGACAACCAAUCACCCGGCUCUUUUCCGUGACACUGUGCGGACGGACCGCUUUCACUGGCUCACAGUGGACCCUCCCCCUGAACUAGCCAGGACCCAGAUGAUGGAUUGUCACUUCCGCUUCAUCCACCAGAUGCCACUCAUUCCCUGCACGGUGACUCUGAAUAUGAAUGGCUCCGUCUGGAUCUCACUCUCACAGCCAAUCAGAGCUCUGACACCUGGACAGUUUGCUGUGCUCUACAAAGGGGACGAGUGUCUGGGCAGUGGGAAGAUCACCCAGCUGGGGCCCAGUGAACACACACUCCAGCAGGGCAGAGAACGGUUGAUGGCAGUGGCACGGCACAGGGAGGAGCCGACCCCCGAACCGACCAGCUGAGAUGACCUCAUUGCUCCAGACGUGGUCUGCUGCCACAUUAGGUAGAGCAACACUGUUCAUGAAAACAAGCCUCAAGUGUCCCCCUGGAGGCCAAACCUAGGUGGCUGCGAACAGCUGAUUGUGUUUUUUAAUGCUCAACUUCUCAGCAGUGUCGAAGACACAGGAACAAAGCUAACUGCUCAGAUAUGUCUUGCACAUUCAAAGGUAUUCUUUUAAACUGGAGCCAAAAUUAGAUGUGUUUUUUAAACUGAAAUGAAGCUCUGAUUAAUCUGUAUUUCUCACAUCACUACAGAACAUAGACAACUUAAAUAAGUUUACCUCCAGUCACAGAACAUACUGUUUGAUAAUCAUGGAAUUGAUUUGGUCUGAUCUAUUUAAGAAGAAUAUAAUUUGUGCUGGAUGAUUUUCAAAAAU